UGGCCCAGACUGUUUUUUUGCAGGGUUGGGUAUUGAACUUGGGGAGGUGAACACUCCAGCACUCAGCCCCAGCCCUGUAUGCACCUCCUUGUGUCUCGGCCAUCUGUCCCUCAGCUCAGUGAAAAGGCCUUCUGUUAUGUGUGCCCCUGUCCUGCUGGCCUGUGGAUGGUGCUCAGGACCUAGCCAGAGACCUGCUGAAGAUCUGCUCCUUGGAAGCUCUUACCCCAAGAGUUCCUGCCUCUGGUGCCAGGCCUGCCAUGGCAUUCCGUCGGACUGAGGGUAUGUCCAUGAUCCAGGCUCUAGCCAUGACUGUGGCUGAGAUACCCGUGUUCCUGUACACAACAUUUGGUCAGUCUGCAUUCUCCCAACUGCGGUUGACACCAGGCCUGAGGAAGGUUCUUUUUGCCACAGCCCUUGGGACUGUGGCCUUGGCCCUGGCUGCCCACCAGCUGAAGAGGCGCCGGCGGAAAAGGAAGCAGGUGGGCCCUGAGAUGGGAGGUGAGCAGCUGGGCACAGUACCGCUGCCCAUCCUCAUGGCCCGCAAGGUCCCUUCAGUGAAGAAAGGCUACUCCAGUCGGAGGGUUCAGAGCCCCAGUAGCAAGAGCAACGACACUCUCAGUGGCAUCUCCUCCAUCGAGCCCAGCAAACACUCAGGCUCCUCCCACAGCCUGGCCUCGAUGGUAGUGGUCAACUCAUCCAGCCCCACAGCUGCGUGCUCAGGUUCAUGGGAAACCAGAGGAAUGGAGGAGUCUGUACCCACCACCGAUGGCAGUGCUGAGAGCCUCUAUGUACAAGGCAUGGAGCUGUUUGAGGAAGCCCUGCAGAAAUGGGAGCAGGCACUGAGUGUGGGGCAGCGAGGGGAUGGAGGCAGCACCCCCACACCAGGGGACAGCUCCCAGAACCCAGACACCUCGUCAGAGGCACCGUCAGAGCCAGAGUCACAACGGAGGGAGUUUGCCGAGAAGCUGGAGUCCCUGUUGCACCGGGCCUACCACCUGCAGGAAGAAUUCGGUUCCACUUUCCCCUCCGACAGCAUGCUGCUGGACCUUGAGAGGACCCUCAUGCUGCCCCUGACUGAGGGCUCACUUCGUCUUCGGGCGGAUGAUGAGGACAGCCUGACCUCGGAAGAUUCUUUUUUCUCAGCCACUGAGCUCUUUGAGUCCCUGCAGGUUGGAGAUUACCCACUCCCUCUCUCCAGGCCUGCGGCUGCCUAUGAGGAGGCUCUGCAGCUAGUGAAGGAGGGCAAAGUACCUUGCCGAACACUCAGGACAGAGCUGCUGGGCUGCUACAGUGACCAGGACUUCCUGGCCAAGUUGCAUUGCGUGCGGCAGGCCUUUGAGGGGCUUCUAGAAGAAAGGAGCAACCAGGUCUUCUUCGGGGAGGUCGGCCGGCAGAUGGUGACAGGCCUGAUGACCAGGGCUGAGAAGAGUCCCAAAGGCUUCCUGGAGAGCUAUGAGGAGAUGCUGAGCUACGCCCUGCGGCCUGAGACCUGGGCCACUACCCGGCUGGAGCUGGAGGGCCGAGGGGUGGCAUGCAUGAGCUUCUUUGACAUUGUGCUGGACUUCAUUCUCAUGGAUGCCUUCGAGGACUUGGAGAACCCUCCAUCUUCGGUGCUCGCUGUCCUGCGUAACCGCUGGCUAUCUGACAGCUUCAAGGAAACGGCCCUAGCCACUGCAUGCUGGUCUGUCCUGAAAGCCAAGAGGAGACUCCUAAUGGUGCCUGAUGGCUUCAUCUCCCAUUUCUACUCCGUAUCGGAGCAUGUCAGUCCUGUGCUGGCCUUUGGCUUCCUUGGACCCAAGCCUCAGCUUGCGGAAGUCUGUGCUUUCUUCAAGCACCAGAUUGUGCAGUACCUGAGGGACAUGUUCGACCUGGAUAACGUGCGCUAUACAUCAGUGCCAGCCCUAGCAGAGGACAUCCUACAGUUGUCCCGGCGCCGCAGCGAGAUCCUGUUGGGCUACCUGGGGGCACCAGUGGCUAGCAGCACUGGGCUGAAUGGGCCACUGCCUCAAGAGAAUGGGCCCUUGGAAGAGCUGCAGUAAUGGGGACACAGGCUGGAGGGGAGGUGGCUGCUUGAGCCUUAUUCACAAGGAUGACAGGAGAGAGAAGGCUGCCCCUCCCCCUUCCUUCAGGGUGGCAUCCAAGGGCCAGGUGGCCAAGGGCCAUUGUCCCUGAGCCUGCUACACUUCCUCAUCUGGGAAUCCCAACACCCAGAGGACAAAUUUCCAUGGAGAGGAACCACUAGGAGCCUAUCCAGAUGCCCUCAGGGUUACCUGAGCAGCAGGGACAGGCCAGGGACAGUAAGGUGUGACAAGGGGAAGUUGGUGAGAGAGGAAGGUGUUGUAGAGAUAUGGACCAUAGAGCCCCAAUCCCCUCUGGGCUGCAGACAGAGGGCAAGGAGAUGAUCGGUGAGGGAUAGGACAUGCAGGGCUAUGUGGUGACAGUCACAGGGUCCUGGAAUAGGAGCUAGCACCCAGGCUCCUGGCCUGUAUAGAAAGUCCCAUCUGGGCCAUCCAGAGGUGAGCUCACCCCACCUGUGCUCACAUGUAAGCUGGGACUAGCCCUUCAGAAACCCAGGCACCAACCCAGGACCCUGUCCCCCACAUUUCCACACCCCACCACCACCAAAGAUGGAGGAGGUGGGACUGGGUACUUCCCACUCCCGUGAGCCUAGAACUUCCUGGGCAGUGCUAGGCUCCAGCUGAGGGCUCUAACCCGAGCUCAUAAAGGCCUAGCACCUGUGUUAAUAUCUGAUGCUCUAGAAGUGAGGGCCUAUGGACCAUGGCAGGAAGGGCAGAGGGUGGCAGAGGAUGCACAGCAACCCCCCCUCCCCAACACACACACACAAGAAGCUGGACUCAACACUUUGCCUUCAGCUCCAUGCACACACACUUUGAGGCUGCACGGCAGCAUAGAGCCACCGCAGGGCUGCUGCCACCCAGGGUCCUGUAAGCAUUUGUCAUGGCAGCUGCAGGGGUCCUGGCAACCCGAUCUGGGAAGUUUUUAUUUAUUGCCUUAACACUUUAUUUGUAUGUUCUGCCCCUUCCAGGUUGUAAGACUCCUGGUUUGGUCUGGAGUUGAGCACUGGCUCCUGGGACCCAGUCCCCCUGGAAGGGGCAAGGGCCUCCUCGGGUCAGGAGGAUACAGUGAGAGAGGGUGGCCAUGGCUCUGGCUCCAGAUUCUCCUCUCUGAGGCCUGUGCUUAGAAGGGAGCAGCCCUCCGAGCUCAGUCUUGACAUUCCAUUCAUUUGCACUUACCCUGAGCUGUGAAUGUAAUCCUGGGCCAAGGCCCACUCUGAUUUGCCCCUGAAUCCCACAGCAGUAGCGUUUUCAUCUUGUCCUUGUUUGUGUCCAUACACUGCUGUCUAGCACUCAUCUGUCUCAGCUUCCAUUCCCCAAUGUAAAGCGUGCGCAGUGACUGUGAGUCAGAUAAAUGAUGGAAACGGC